AUGAAAUUCACGGUCGUAUUCAUUACACUCUUAACAGUUUCUUCAACAUGGGGUAUAAAAGCAAGAAUAGAAGAACCAAAGGACAAAAGAGAAGCAGGCGUUAGUUAUUUACCAUCACAUGGCAGUUCUUCUCAUGCUUAUAAUACUCCUGCUACAUACAGUGCACCUUCUGCCAACCAAUUGGAAGCCAGCGCUGUAAGCAUUGGAGCAGGAUACAGCGUAGGUGGUGCUAAACCUAGCUACAGUUUCGGUGAUCAAGGGUCAGGAGCGACCUACCAAUUGCAGCAAGAAGGUCUGCCCGGCAGUGGACAUGCAACGAUCCAACUCUCCCCUAUCACCUUGCAACCCGGUCAUGGAUUAGUUUCUAGUGAUCUUUCUCAACUAAUGAGUCAACUAUCUCACGGAAUUAAUUCUGGUGCUAUCGCUAUUCCGUCUUCGGGUGGUCAAUUAUAUCAAUUUGUUGGUCAAGCUGGUCAAGGUGGCCAUGCUGCACAGGAGUACGUACCCCAGUUCAGUUACGGAAGUCCUAACUUCCAACAAUAUAGCUUAGGCGAACAAAGCCAACCUGCUGUUCCAUCAUACGCGCUUGGUACUAAAGGUCUCGGUACAUAUGGUUCUGCUGGUCCAGUUCUAUUUUCCCCCGAGUCAUCAGGUAACCAAGCAGCUUUAAAUUAUGCUGCACCAGCUUCUGGUCAUUCCUAUGAAGGCGCUGCGUUGCCUCUUGGUGAUUCGGGCAAUUCUCUCUCUGGGUUUUCAUUCGGAGGUUCUGGACAUACACUAGGAUCUUUAAAGGGCAUCAGUGGUUAUGCUGGCAAAUCAAGCUUUAAGCCAUCUACAUUUUUAGGUGCUUCGGUGCAAAGUGAUUCAGGUCUUACUGGAUCUUUUGGAUCACCGUCUUUCAGUAACUAUCAAGCAUCUGCUGGUACUCACGGUGGUCCUUCCUUCGGAUCUGCCGGACAUGGCCUGAGUUUUGGAUCGUUAUCUGCCUAUGCUGGUGGUUCACCUAAAGGACUCCCUCACUCAUAUUUACCAUCUAAAUCUGAAGGAUAUGGAUCUCUGGAGUCAAUUGCGUCUGCUUUCUCUGCUAGCGGCCAAAUAGCAUCUCCUUUAGGGACUACAUAUGGAAGUCCAUUUUCUUCAUACUCAACAAGUAAUACACAUGCAGCGUCUGCUCCUAGCCCUACUUACUAUGUUACGUCGCAUAAACACUCGUCACCUAGUUCUAGUUCAGGAAGUUCAUCAUACAGAGGUCCAAUUUCCAGUCAGCACAGCUCUUUUUCAGCCGGUCCUAAAUAUAGUUUCGGUGGACAUAGUAGCUCUCGUUACGCAUCCCCUAAGGAUACUCAAGGCGCCUACAGUGAAUCUUCUUACAACACAAUCAAAUACAGCGAGGAGUUAAAGCCCAGACAUCAUUAAUUUUAGGUUCUGUUUAGAUUCUACACGUUGUAGAUUAUUUGUUAUGAGUACAUUGUAGGUGUAAAUAAAAGCCUCGUGUGUGAAAAUAUAUUGUGACGAAGUGUGAUUGUGUAGGUAUAAUUGAAGUUCAGCGAAAGCGUUGCAUUUUGCCUGUGGUAUUAUUUAUGUUAUACAAGCAAUUAACGAGGUAAAAAUAUGUGCUUUGAUUUAUGCCGUUAGACUACACAUUGGAUACUUUGAGGAGCCUUUCUAUUUAAUAACGCCGUUAUAAUUAGCUAUAUCUUUAUAUAACAUACGCAACAUUCGAAACUAAUAACGGUGUGAUUGAACUAUUGAAGCGAUUAGUUCAACGACCAUUAUCAGAUCUUACCUUAUCUCGAUGUUAUAUUACGACGUGAAUUGCUGUAAAUAAAAUUAGUUUUAAGGUUGUUUAU